AUGGGCCGACUAGCGGAAGAGGGCAUCAAGCAGUUUGGCGUGAGCGCCUUUGGCGAGGCUACAAAGCCGGAGUUGCUGGGAGCCAUCUGCCUCGGUCUUCGGAUCCCGCACGCCGUGGUCUUCUGCAACACUGAAUCAGCGUGCAAAUUUCUGGCCACACGAUUGCGCCGAGAGAACUUGAGCGCUCUCGUUCUCCCUGGCAUGCCUCCCGACGAGCGAGCAGACGCUAUUGACCAAUUUGUGAGCUACGACGUCAAUAUUUUGGUCACAACGGGUGCUUGGCCACAGGAUUUACCCGUGGAAAGUGCGGAAGUGGUCUACAUGUACGACUUUCCUGAGAGCAGCGACUCCUACGUGAAGCAGAUUGGGGAGUGCGACAAACCUGGCGUCCGAGAGGCUUUGGUGAUCACGUUUGUUCGAGAUUUCCAAGACUCAUGGCGGGAGCGUCUCGAGGCCGAGUGCUGCACCCGUAUUGAGCCUCUCCCUGAGCACAUCACCGGCCUCUACCGCCGCUGCUUCCCUAUUGUGGUGACCCCUGCGGCCUGGAACUCCAUUCAAAAGCUGGCCAAAAAACACGGUUUGCUGUAGAGGGUAGCGUUGCAAAUUGUUACAAGAGCCUAAGUUGUAAGGCAAAGGAUGAUAAAAUGAUUUUGCAACUUUGAAGAGGAAUUCUGCAAUUUCAAA